GCUCACUUUGCCCGGCUGCCUGGCCACCUUUUGCUGGAGAUGGCAAAGCCCCGUUGACAUGUCUUUGGCCAGGAUAGCAAGGGUAACUGUUGACCUGUUGAUACCCACCCACUCCUCUAUUCACAGAAAAGGAAUUUUCCUAAUCUUCACAGCGUGGCUGAACUUUUAAUGACAGGAAGUAGGAAGCAGGAAGCUGGUUACAAGUCCUGCCAUAGGAGUUCAGUUACAGAUUCUGAAGAAACCAGCCAAAACCUAGAGUGGUAAAACCACCAACUUAACCUAUUGCCCAGUUCAGGGCAAAGCUCUGGCAGCCAUCCCGACCUCCCAGAGAUACCUUGACAUCACAAAGUCUCUUCACAACUCUCCUUCUGAAACUGAAGGCUGCUCAUUAUCCCACUACUGUGGACAUAAAAUGAGGCCUCUGUCUCCUGGAGAAGGACUUUCCCCUCUUGGGCUGCUCAACCGAGGGCCCGACUACCUCCGUAAGCAGCUGGAGGGGAGUACCGGGGGGCGGACCCCAAGUGCCGUGGAAAGGCUGGAGGCCGAUAAAGCCAAAUACGUCAAAUCCCAACAAGUCAUCAACAGUCGCCAAGAGCCAGUGUUGCUCUGCUACACCUUCCAGUCGUCUGCUUGUGGCAGAAGAGCCUUGACCCUCCACCAACAAGGCGAGUUCUCUCAGGUGGGCCAAGAUGGCCUUGGGCCCAAGAAGCUGCCUCCUUCUCCUCAGUCGCCCAUAGCACGGAGAGGGGGCGGCAGGCGCAUGCUGAGGCCCGAUUCACUUGUCAUCUACCGGCAGAAACGGGACUGUUCGGCUGUCAACAAGGAGAACACCAAAGGCUACAGCCUAGUGAGGCGGCUGUUUCAAGGCCCAUUGAGAGAUGGGCAUGGUGGCUCCCCUUCCUCUAUAGGCAUGUUGGAAGAUGGACAGCUACAAGUCACGCAGGAAGAAACCUCCAUGGUCUGGGUGCCGGCAGAAAAGGAAGAAACAAGAACCAUAAGUUCAGUAGGCAUUCUAAUGAGGACGUCCGUGGGAUGUGCUUCUGAACGCAGCCUGGGACACCAGCCUAGCUCCCAGCUGGUUAUGGACCAAACCUCUUCUUCCACGAGCCCAGAACCAUCAGACUCCAAGAGAGAGCUGGCACCAAGUUAUUCUCUCCCUCUCUCGGAGAAAGAGCGUUUUUUUAACUACUGCGGCUUGGACCAGAACCUGGUGGAGAUGCUGGGAGCUGAGCGGUUCAAGCCGGGGAGCUGGGAAUUGGGGUCCUCAUGUGUUGUCCUGGGGAGCGUGGGGUCAGCCAGUUCUGAGCAUGACCGUCUCUCACUCAAUGAAGAGGAGCUGUCUGCAGAAGAGCUGAGUGAGAAGCCACUCACAUCAGUCUCUGUCAUUGAGCGAAAUGCCCGUGUCAUUAAAUGGCUGUACAGCUGCCAGCAUGCCCUGUCUGUGGCCAAGGAGUCCACUGUGUGAAUGGAAACAUGGUCUCAAAUGCAAUUCUUUCCACAGGAAAGGGGGGGCAGGUGGCUGGGCCUCACUGUUCUUGUAACCUUGCAAGUGCCAGUCAUGUGCCUAAGUGAGGGCCCAGUUCUUGCCAUCUUGAUGAUGGCAACAUUCCCAACAUGGGAAGCUGAGCAGGGAGCAUCUCUCACCAUGGAAUUACAGCAAGUGGUGUAUGAUGGAUGCUGUUUAAAACAGUCCUGCAUUGCCUGUAUGCAAAUAUGCCUGUGAAGUAGAAAGGGAUACACGUGGGACCAAUGUGAUUUUCAACUGAGGCCUAAAUUAUGAAGGCAAAAUUUGGGGGUUCGAGACAAAUAAUUUUUCUCCUAGCUCUCUUCCCCAGCUAAGAGUAGUGGUGACCAGCAUAUAAAGAAUACAUUCUAUAGCAGGGACGGGGAACCUGUGUUUCUCCAGAUAUUGCUGGACUACAUUUCCUAUCAUUCCUGACUCUUGGCUAUGCAGAUUGAGGCUGAUAGGAGUUGGAGUCCAACAGCACCUGGAGAGACACAAGUUCCCCAUGCAGGAGUGUGAGUAAAUCUUCCCCUCCCGCAGUUAUCAACAGCCAGCAUGGUGUAGGGGGUUAGAGUGUUGGAGAGGGAAGGCUUGGGUUCAAAUCCCCCACAUGGCCAUAAACCUGCCUGGGAGACCCUGAGCCAGUCAUAUGCAUUUUGCCUAGCCUACCUCACAGGGUUGUUGUGAAGAUACAACCAGAGCAUCUCAUGGGAUAACCCCAAAUUUCUGUGGAGGGAUGUGAUGCAAACAUGAUGAACAGGAGAUCAUCUCAGGCUUAGCCCUUCUGGCAACGAGCUGCCAGAGAACCACCACUAUGGCUAGUGGGGUGUAUACAAUCCCCAGUUCAGACUGUGUGGUUUUCGUGCAGUCUGGGAGAAACAUUUUGUGGUUGCCAGGCCCUUGGACUCUUUAACUCUACUGAGCCGUUCUGUGAAAUGUAAGCAGGAAGAACAGGAGCAAUCUCUGAACUGACACAAUCUCUAGGGCAGGCCCCCAGUGCUGCACCCAAUUCUGUUUCCUUCUGUGCCUUCCUUCCUCGGACAUUCUCCAGAUAUUCAAAGCAAAACCCAUGUUUGUAUCUCUUUCCUUGAUUUCAGAACCAGCUUUGAUGGCUCAGGAUGAUGGGGUUAGCUUUAUGAAUGGGUAUUAAUAGAAGCGCUCAACCUUUUUCUCAAUGAUUGGCUAUGAACGUAAGAAGUGUCCUGCUGGAUCAGGCCAGUGGCCCAAGUAGUCCAGCAUCCUGUUCUCACAGUGGCCAACCAGGUGCCUCCAUG